AUGUUGAUCACAGGAAUUAGAUUGUCGAAGCAGCAAAAGGUGGCACAACUCCUGGAAGUAACGGAGAAGAUGACACCAGCUAAUCCAGACAGGACACUACUGCUACACAAUUGCUUAGAUAUUUUUGGACUUUUCACCUCCAUUCGCAAAGACAACUACUCCGCUUCAAUCAGGGAAUACGCUGUAUGUGAACAAAGCAGCGGGGGAGACCGUGAGGAGGUGGAAGAACUCAAAGGGUAUGAUUGCAAAAUUGCUGCCGAAGAGGAGGAUGGAACCCCGACGUUCCUCCUCAAAUUUAAUCAACUGUCAUAA